AUGAACCAGCUCUCGACAUCUUACGAAACAUUACCAUUGUUAAAGGUUUCUCUGACCUCUCACAGUGUCAGUAUCAAAAGUAAAGGGAAGAGGUCUAGACUGUGGAGUUCCAUCCUUAAGAUGAUUUGUCAUGUCAUUCUACGCACAUUUUUUCCUCUGGUUCUAGGUGUGGUUAUGGUUUUUGCUAUCAGGGGUAUCAUUGGGGAUCCUCUGUAUGACUGCCUCCAAGACACAGAUUACAGUGAACUUCUUAAUAUUGCAAAUAAAGGUCUUCCUACCACCAACACUCCUCACCAUGUAGUUAUCAUCGGUGGGGGCAUUGCUGGACUAACCACUGCAAAGCUAUUAGAAGAUGCUGGUCAUAAGGUCACCAUAAUAGAAGCCAGUAACCGCAUUGGUGGACGUGUGGAGACAUUCAGGAACAUAAGAGAAGGCUGGUAUGCAGAAAUGGGCGCCAUGAGGAUCCCCAGCUUUCAUCGGCUCCUGCUUUCCUUUGUUUCCAAAUUUCAAAUUUCUCUAAACCCCUUCAUCCAAGAUGACAUUAACACUUACUAUUUGAUUAAUGGAGAUCUACACAAAACCUAUGAAGUGCAAAAAAACACCAGUGUGCUUAACUACAAUUUGAAUGAAGAAGAGAGGGGGAAGUCGGCGGCUCAACUCUUCAGUCAGGCACUGAUAAAGGUGAGGGACGACCUGAAGGUAAUUGGCUGCAGUGCCAUGUUGAAUAAAUAUGAUUCCUACACAGUGAAGGAAUAUCUGGUGAAGGAAGCCAACCUCAGCCGUGGAGCCUUGAGAAUGAUUGGGGAUGUCCUAAAUGAGAACAGCCUCUUCUACACAUCACUGAUAGAGACAAUGUACAUACAGUCAGACAUCAGUGACAACAUCAAGUACUAUGAAGUGACAGGUGGCUUUGAGAAUCUGCCCAAUGCUUUCUACAGCAAGUUAAAUGCCACAAUCCUCCUCAACUCCAAAGUCAAACUAAUCAGCCAAAAGGGUGGCAGCAAUGUGACAAUAACAUACCAGAACUGGCAUGAUUCAGGCUCUUUGAUCAGUGUAACGGCCGAUUUUGUUGUGGUCACCGCCACAGCUAAGGCCACCCUUUUUGUUGAGUUUCAGCCCCCUCUCUCCGGGGACAAGAUGGAGGCUCUUCGCUCAGUUCAUUACAUCAGCUCCACCAAAGUGAUACUCAGCUUCAAAGAGCGCUUCUGGGAAAAAGAAGGAAUCAGAGGAGGAAAGAGCAUCACAGAUCGUCUCUCUCGCUUUAUCUACUACCCCAGCCACAGCUUCCCUGGCACGGCUUCAGGGGCUCUUCUGGCAUCUUACACCUGCUCUGAUGAUUCCACUCUAUUCCAAGGGAUGAACGAGCAGGAGCUGAUGGCUGUGGUACUAGAGGAUCUGGUCAAGAUUCAUGGCGAAUACAUAAGACAUCUGUGGACUGGGGGUCUGGUAAAGAAGUGGGGCUUGGAUCCUUACAGUCUUGGAGCCUUUGCUCUGUUCACACCCUACCAGCAGGGACAAUACUCAAGGGAACUGUUCCGGAGUGAGGGGCGGGUGCACUUUGCAGGAGAACAUACAGCCAUCCCUCAUGGGUGGAUUGAAACUGCCAUGAAGUCGGCAGUUAGAGUAGCUAAAAGUAUUAACAGCCUGUAAUGAUGAUAUAUUAUU